CUAAAAUAAAAUAUACAAAUUUACCAAAGAAGUGUUCACCCUAAUUUUUCAUCUUACCGAUUUUACCAUUCACAACGACCAUAAUAACAAACACCACGCGGACUUAUUGAAAUAAACAAUGGAAAUAACUAAAAAGUCGAAGAAAUCAAAGAACUCAAAGAAGUCAAAGGCCCUCAAGGACUCGGCCGUUUCUCUUAAAUUGACUGCACUUCAUCGCAAACAAAAGGAAGUUGCCCGCGUGCUCACUCUCAAACAGGAAAUAUUAUUAAAAUCGGGAGUGUCCUACCUGGAAUAUCUGGAGAUCCGCGCAGAAAUCGAACGACUUAAUAGCGUGAAGGAGACAUUUUUGCGUCGUGUUGACAAGUUGAAACAGCAAGACAAGUAGUUUUAAGUUAUAAAGUUUAUUUAAGAAAAAUUAAGUAUGGUACAAAGUAUGAAAUGUUCUUAUAGUAAAUAUCAACAUAAUUUGAGUAGUAAAGUAAAUUUAUACAUGUUCAAUUAUUCAUGUACAAUUGUACAUUUACAAUUAUAAAGGUACAACGGUUCAUGUAUAAUUAUACAUGUAAAUUUCAAUUAAUAAAGCAAACUUCGUUUAAUAUAUAAUUUAUCAAAAACAAAA